UAGCACUUCCACAAAUAAAGAUCAACUUGUUCUUGAGUGUGUCAGACAACCUCCUAGAAGCCCACCUCUAAUCCACUGCAGUGGAGAGAUGCUGAAAUUCAUGGAAAUGUCACUGGCUAAUAGUAUUGCCAUGGAAUCUGCCCUCAACCCUAGUCAACCUCAAGGCUUCUUGUGUGAGGAAAAUUUACACAGUGAUGUUGAACAACCACUUUAUAAGGAGAAUAGCUUUAACCUGCUUGAUCUGAGAGCUAAUUAUAAAACAGAGGAGGAUGCAAAGAUGAUACAUUCUAAUUUGUUCCUGAAUCACUCACCUUGUGAAGGAGAGAGCCUGAAUCCCCCAGACAUGAAAAGAACUUCGCAGCUGACCUCCAAAAUUUGCAAUCUUCUGGCUCUGAUGGUACGACUUCUCAUGUGCCAGGACAUCACCAAUCCUGAUGCCGAACAUUUCAAAGAGAAUGAGAAAAUUAGUGAUAUCAUGCUACAAAAAUUGAAGAGUUUUCAUCUUAAAAAGAAAAAGUUAGAUAAAGAGCUACUGAAGCAUAAAGACAGAAUCACAGCUUUCAGAGAGUUAAUUGCUAAUGAAAAAUCAUUUCAAGAUCAGGAUACUGAGGUUACAGACUUUGAUUCAAAUGAAGCCAAGAAUGUCGGAGACGUACCUGUCUUACUGGGAGCCAAACUGGAUCAGUACCACAGCCUAAAUGAAGAGCUUGAUUUCUUGAUUGCAAAACUGGGAAAUCUUCUAGAGUUAAAAGAAGACCACUGCAACAGACUCAUUGAAGAAAAUGACAAGUAUCGAAGACAUUUAGGCAACUUAAUAAAUAAGGUUACAUCAUACGAAGAAAUUAUCGAAUGUGCUGACCGAAGGCUCAUGAUAUCGAACUCCCAGAUUGCACAUUUAGAAGAGAGAAAUAAACAUUUGGAAGAUUUAAUUAGAAGGCCCAGAGAGAGAGCCAGAAAACCAAGACUGAGAAGUCAUCCGAAGUCCAUGACCGUGGUAGGUCAUACUGAUGAUAAUUAUAAAGAAUGCUAUAUUCCCAUGUAAUUGUCAAAUUACACAAAAUUAAA